UGACAGCUUUCCCGCAGUUUAAAGGGAUAUCCCCAAAGUACGGCAUUUUUGAAACUUCAUUUGAUGCUACUGCCCGCUUAAGCUAGGCGACCAUGACUUCGCUGACCCUGAAUGGAGUGACAGUGAAUUUCCCAUUUCCUCCAUAUGACUGUCAGAAGGACUACAUGAACAAAGUAAUUGAAUGUCUUCAGAAGAAAGUAAACGGGGUUCUGGAGAGUCCUACGGGAACCGGUAAAACCCUGUGCCUGCUCUGUGCCACUCUGGCCUGGAGGGACCACUUCAAGGACACCAUCUCUGCCCGCAAGAUAGCAGAGAGGCUGGGCGGAGCGGAGAUGUUCCCAGACACGCCUCUGUCCUCCUGGGGAACAGCUGCUACUGAUGGUGACAAACCAACCUUCUACACCGACGUUCCCAAGAUCAUAUACGCGUCGAGGACACACUCGCAGCUCGCGCAGGUCAUCAAUGAGUUAAAGAACAGUUCGUACAGGCCGAAGGUGUGCGUGCUGGGAUCACGAGAGCAGCUGUGCAUCAACAAGGAGGUCAUGAGUCAGGAGAGCAACCACGUGAAGGUCCAUAUGUGCCGAGCGAAAGUUUCCACCAGAUCGUGUGUCUUCUACAACAAUGUUGAAGAGAAAAGCACCGACAAAGAGUUGGCGACUUCAAUCCUGGACGUGGAAGAUUUGGUCAAAUUUGGCAACAAGCAGAGGGUCUGUCCUUACUACCUCUCUCGUUCCCUGAAGCAGCAGGCGGAUGUCAUUUUCAUGCCCUACAACUACUUGCUGGAUCCAAAGAGCCGCAGGGCGCACAACAUCGAGCUGAACGGUGCGGUGGUCAUCUUUGACGAAGCUCACAACGUGGAGAAGACGUGUGAAGAGUCGACCUCGUUUGACCUGACUCCGUAUGACGUGACGUCGGCCAUCAGCGCCGUGGACAGGCUGCUGCUGGAGCAGGCCAAAGAGGCCGGCCGUGGAGACUCUGAAGACUUCAAUGUAGAAUCCCUCAGCUCUGGUUUAAAAGUUGAUAUAACCACCAUUGCUAAAAUCAAGCAGAUACUGCUGGAUCUGGAAGCCGCCAUCGACUCCUACGACCCCGGCGACAGAGGCAUCACAAAACCUGGCAUCUUCAUCUAUGAGCUGCUGGAGAAAGCCCACGUGACCUUCAGCAGCAAGACGGUGAUCUACGAAGCCGUGGAGCAGAUCAGCGGAUACCUGUCCGGACAGUCUGGUUUAUUCCUGAACACCAGCGGAUUACAGAAAUUGGCUGACAUCAUACAGCUUGUGUUCUGCGGCGAACCGUCAGAGAAAGACAGACAGCAGCAGAUGCACGCCAACACAACUCAUUUUAAGGUUCACAUCCACCGAGACACCAGCUAUCAAAUGAAAAAACAAAGCAGUGAUGUGUGGGCUCAGUCGUCAUCAAAGAAACAAGGGAACGUUCUGAGUUACUGGUGCUUCUCUCCUGGAUUCAGCAUGCAGGAUCUCGUGAGUCAAGGCGUUCGCUGCAUCAUCCUGACCAGUGGCACCCUCUCCCCUCUGUCUUCAUUCACCUCUGAGAUGAGGAUAGAAUUCCCAGUACGUCUGGAGAACAGCCACGUGAUCGAGCGCGACCAGAUCUUUGUUAGCGUCAUUGAUCGAGGCCCUGACGGAGUGCAUUUAAGCUCAGCAUUUGAUCGGAGGUUUGUUCCUGAAAAUAUGGCGUCUUUAGGCAACACUGUUGCCAACCUCAGCCGUGUGGUUCCUCACGGUCUCUUAGUGUUCUUCCCGUCCUUUCCUUUAAUGGCAAAAACGCUGGACUUCUGGAGAGCCAAUGGACAUGCAGAUCGUAUUGAGAGCGUAAAGCCCAUGUUUGUAGAACCUAAAGGGAAGGGCACCUUUACUGAGGUGAUCGAUGGAUAUUACAACAAAGUUAACGGUUCUGAAUCCAAAGGGGCGACCUUCUUUGCCGUCUGUCGAGGGAAGGCUAGCGAGGGUCUGGAUUUUGCGGACACCUUCGGCCGAGGCGUCGUCAUCACCGGUCUUCCUUUCCCUCCGAAGAUGGACCCUCGAGUCGUCCUGAAGAUGCAGUUUUUGGACGAGAUGAGCCGGAAAAAAGCUCCGGGGCUGAAGUACUUGUCCGGGCAGGAGUGGUACAGACAGCAGGCGUUCAGAGCUGUGAACCAGGCCAUCGGCAGAGUGAUUCGUCACAAGGAGGACUAUGGAGCCAUCUUUCUGUGUGAUCAGAGGUUUAGAAACGCUGAUGUCCGGGCUCAGCUUCCGUCGUGGGUCCGGCCUCACGUGCGUCUUCAUGACGGCUUUGGGAAUGUGGUCCGUGAUGUGUCUCAGUUCUUCAGGGUUGCACAGAAAAUGAGACCUGUGGUAGAGAAGAAAGCUGCAGCAGAGACUUGUGCGACAGAGUGUUUACCAGAGACUUCGCCAUCCGGUGCUACGUCCUGCUCCUCUUACCGAGGCUCGCUCGCCCAGAAGGCCAAGGUGCUGGACGCCCACCUUCCCAGCCUGAAGAGGAAGAGACUCAAUGAACACAGCGGAGCCAAUGGAAUGGCCAGAAUUUGUCUCGAGUAUGAGUGUGAGGGGUCGGAGAGUCAGAGGAGGCCGGCCAAUCUGCUGGACGCUCUGGAGCGAGGUGACCACCGCAGUGGACCGGACGCCGAGUGUCUUGGUGGAGAGGAAAAGGCGCACCGCUUGUCCACACUGUCUCUUCAAUACGACAAGAGGAUGGACGAUGAGUUACGAGGGGGAAAACGUAAAAUCAAGCUGGUCCAAGAGCAGAAACCAAGCAUCUCAGAGGAGGUGUCUGAGGAAAGUAAGGCCACCAGGGCUAAGAAGUUCCUGGCCGACAUGAAGAAGUCACUGAGCCAGGUCAGCUUUGACCGCAUCGUCCAGGCCCUGCAGACCUACAAGAAGACCGACAACCUGGACGUGCUGCUGACGGAGACGGCCGUCCUAACGGAAGACACCAACACUCACAGUCUGCUCCGCGGCUUCUACCAGUUUGUCCGCCCGCAUCACAAAAAGACGUUUGAUGAGAAAUGCCAGGAGCUGACUGGACAGGGCUGCGGGUAUCGACCGGAUCACUCGCUGAGCAAGGACGAGAAGAAGGCAGCGAUGCCAAAAAGCGCUGCAGACAGACAGCCGGCCGUAGGUCUGAGCUCCUCGUCUGCCUGUAGCCAACUAAAUACACAACAGCUCAACAAAGGAGGACAUCACCUGACCCAGCAGGGAUUAAGAGAACCUCAGGCUGGUUCUGCUCCGAAGAAUGAACUCCACGCUACCUUCCUGGCUGAUAUAAAAAAAGCCCUCGGAGCAGAAAAAUCCGCCCAGCUCUUUCAGGCCAUUCAGUGUUACAAAAAGACCGACAACUAUGAAAACCUGGUGACCACGGUGGUGAGCUUAUUCACAGAGAGAGAUGAGAACUUCAACCUUCUGAUCAGGUUCGCCACGUUUAUUCGGCCUUACCAUAAGAAGCAGUACAAAGAGAUGCUGGACGCGUUGAUAGGUCAGCCAGUCUCCGCUGCAGACGUCCCCGCUGUAGAUGAAGAGCAGCAACGGGAAGCUUUGCCAUCAUCUCCUUUGAAGACACAAAGCAAGAUUUCCAGUUUUUUCUCAAGCAGCCAAAGAAGAUGAACUAUGUCUGGACACUGACGACGGAUUUGCUGUUGUUUGGAGGGACGAGAAAUAGUGUCGAUCUCAAAAGCAACACGAUCCCGUUUUUCUAUCAGAAAAAAACAGUCGACGUUGAACAAGGGCUGAUCAGUAAUUAAAUCUGACUUCUGGAACAAGGGGCUCCAGAGAGGCACAUGGUGAGAGCAGGAAAUAUUAGUAUGGACAUGUAAAAUAAUGUUUUUUAAAUAAUUAAAUGUAUAAAUUUGCCACAUG